CGUUAGAAAGUGGCUAGGGUUAGCCGCUCCCUGCUCGCGGCAUCGCUCUGCAUAGCCGCUCACACCGCAUUGCUCUGGCUCUGCAUCGCCGCUCACGCAAUACUAACAGCUCAGUGAGAUCCAGAGCCAAAGGGCGGGGCGUCUCCUAAUCCCAAGUCCAGCCGCCGCCGUCUCUUCUCGCUCCAAAAGUCGUUUUCCAGAGAUUUUUUUCAACGCCAGCCGUUGUCUCUCGCUUGCCUGCAUUUCCGAUCCUGAGGCAGUCCUCAUCUCAUUCUUAUCCAACCGGGAGGUUGGGAACGAGAUCACAGCUACCUACCUGAGUGUUAAAAUAGCUCGCUGUUUUGGGAUUUGCCGCCUCAAGUUUCAUCUAGCUACCUCGAACAAAUCCUUCAAUCUCCAUGGCUACAUCGGUACUUCUCCUAUUCCACCUUGUGCUCCUACUAGUAGUGUUUUUAUUCUUGAGUAGCGCAUUUUGCUUUCAACUAGCAUGUCUAAUUGCAUAUAAAUUACUUGUUCUAGAUAUCAACUCAAUUUACUAACGAGGAGGAAAUUAAAAGGAAGAGAAAGAAGCGAAAGAGAGUUGUUGUAUUAGAUGUGUCUAUUAUGGCAAUUAUUGCAAAUCUGUAUCAACGAAGGAGACCUAGACACAUCGUAGAUGCUAACGAAGUUCAAGAGAGAAAUGUCGAGUCCAGAAGACAAAUGCUACGUAAUAUGUACUAGGGUUCAAAUGUCUAUUGCUAUGACAGUUUGCACCUAACUAAGAGAUCUUUUAGUGACUUGAGUGCCAUUUUACGAGAAAAGAGUGGCCUACAGGAUACCCUAAAUGUGUCGGUAGAAGAAAAGCUUGCAAUUUUUCUGCUUAUAGUAGGUCAUAACACCAAAAUGAGGUUGAUCCGUAGCACUUAUGGGUGGUCCAUUGAACCAAUCAGUCGACACUUCAACGAAGUGCUUAGAGGGAUUCUAUUUUUAAGUCAUGAGUUCAUCAAGCUUCCUAAUCCAGAAACCACUCUACCUGAGGAUCCAAAGUGGAAAUGGUUUGAGGAUUGUCUAGGUGCACUAGAUGGCACACAUAUCGAUGUGAAUGUUCCAUUGACUGACCAGGGUAGGUAUAGAAAUAGGAAGCAACGUAUCAUCACUAAUGUAUUAGGGGUUUGUGAUCGACAAAUGAAGUUUUUGUAUGUCUUGGUUGGAUGGGAAGGGUCGGCUUCGGAUUCACGCAUACUACGUGAUGUCAUGUCACGGGAGGACUCAUUUGUUGUUCCUAGUGGUAAAUACUAUCUAGUGGAUGUUGGAUAUACAAAUGGUCCGGGAUUUCUUGCCCCGUACCGAUCUACACGGUACCACUUGAAUGAAUGGGCUAUUCAAGGCAACAAUCCAUCUACUGUGAGAGAGUUAUUCAACCUACGCCAUGCAACAACUAGGAAUGUGAUAGAGAGAACUUUUGGGCUAUUGAAGAUGAGAUGGGCAAUCUUGAGGACCAGCUCAUAUUUUGAUUUAGAAAACCAGGUAUAACAUAGUAGGUAUUCAAUUAAAAUUCAAUUGUUAGUUUUAAAAUUGUGUAUUGACUUAGCCAAAUUAUUCUGUGCAGAUUAGGAUCAUCCAUGUUUGUUGCAUAUUGCAUAAUUUUUUAAGGGAUAGACAAAGAGAUAUGGACGAUAUUCUAAUACAUGAAGUUGAUAGUCUCAUCUCUACUACUCCUACUGAAAAUCAAGGAGAAAUGAGUCUGAUUACGCAUGUUCAAUCAACUAAUGAGUGGGGUAAUUUUAGAGACACCAAAGCUAGUGAAAUGUUUGUUGAUUAUCAAGCGAGGCGUGGUCAAAGCUCAUAGCUGUAUGCUUCUGUUUUCUAUGUCUUCGUCUUUUCUGAUUUUUGUUUGUUUGUGUUUUUAUAUGUGUGGUUCUUUGAUUGUACGACAAGAAAACAAGGGGCUAUGUUCCUUGGAAUAAUGAGAUGGAUAAGGUACUCCUUGAUACAUUUGUGGACUAUUACAAUAAAGGUGAUAGAUGUCAGAUUGGGUGGAAGUCUCAUGUAUACACAGCUGCUGUGAAGAAUGUUUGUGAGAAGUGCAAUGACACCAUUACAAAGUGGUUUCGGAUGGGAUUGGGAGAAGAACAAGCUCAAAGUUGAUAGUGACACUGUCUGGGAUGAGUAUGUUGAGAGGAAUAAGGAAGCAAAAGGAUAUAGACAUAAGGUUGUGAAGUUUUGGGAUCUACUCAGCCUAGUGUACAAUAAAGACCAAGCAAAUGGAGAGGACGCUAAAACAGCAACUGAGAGUUCAAAGGAAAUGGCAAAAGAGAAUGAUACCGGAGGCAAGGAUGCUCCAUAUUCUGUAGCUUCCUCGAGUAGUUUCAAAAGACAAAGAUCAGAUGAUUCAUUUAACUCUAUGUGGUGUGAUAAGUUUGACAUGCUUACAUCAGCAUUAAAAGAUGACGGUCCAAAGCUACCCUCUUCCGCCGAAGUUCUCGCCGCAUUACAAGAGGUUGAGGGACUUGAUGAAGACACAGAACUUGAGCUUUAUGACAUGCUCACCUCUAAUGCACGCAAGUUAGAGUCGAUGAUGGCACUCCCAAUGGAAAGGAGGAAGAGGUGGCUUAUGAUGCAGCUAAGAAAGUGAAACAACUUAUAUGUGAACUUAGAUCUCUGUUUUGAACUGAUUGUGUGAACUUGUCUUUGUGAAACUUUUGUGUGCGAACUUGAUGGCUAUGUGAAACUGUUGUGUGCGAACUUGAUGGCUUUAUGAAACUGCUAUGUGAAGAUUUGAUGUCUUUGUAGAA